ACUUAGGCGGCCUCCAGGGUGAGCUUUCGUUAGAAGCCCCCUGGAAACUUUCCAGGGAACCUAUAAUACCCAGUGCAAUCAGGAGAAAAGCUGACAAUCACUCAUAAAUUCUGCCAAAGUCCACCUCCGGAGGGAAGAAAUUUAAACACCUGUAUCUGCCAAGUGUCUGCAAACAUGAGUAUAACAACUUGUUGUGUACAUUUCUUGUUGUGCUUAUUUGUUCUUGUAGACCACUGUGAAAAUAUAUAACUGUUUGUUGUAUUUGUUUGUUGUGAGUUGUGUAGAGCCUUUAGGAACCUCUGAGGGAAAGCCAAAGGGGAUGGAGCUGUGGACAGGAACCCCAGGUUGCUGGGCUAUUGGCCUGUCAGAGACUGUCAGAAGCGUGUGUCAGUAGAGCAUCGCACCCCUGAAAAUGCUGGAAGAAAAACCAAUGGUCCCCUUGAUGAGUCUUCAGGGAGUCAAACACAGGGAGGAACUGGCAUGCAGGAACAGGCACUUACACAGGCAGACGUCCAAGACAAGAAAUUUCCAAGGAAAUGCUAUUUCUUACAUUGAUAAGAAUGUAUGGAAAUCAUACCGUUGGACUGAGAAAUUAAUUCUCAGUGAAAAUCAUUUGACCGAAUUACAUAAAGAUUCAUUUGAAGGCCUGCUAUCCCUCCAGUAUUUAGAUUUAUCCUGCAACAAAAUCCAAUUUAUUGAAAGAGGUACCUUUGAAUCACUACCAUUUCUGCAGUAUGUAAAUCUUGGUUGCAAUUUAAUCACUGAACUGAGCUUCGGAACGUUUCAGGCGUGGCAUGGAAUGCAAUUUUUACACAAGGUAAUUCUCAAUCGUAAUCCUCUGACAACUGUUGAAGAUUCAUAUCUUUAUAAAUUGCCAGCAUUAAAAUAUCUAGACAUGGGAACAACACAAGCCCCACUUACAACAGUCGAGAACAUCCUCAUGACAACUCUUGAGUUGGAAAAACUGAUCUUACCUAGCCAUAUGGCCUGCUGCCUCUGCCAAUUUAAAAAUAAUAUUGAGGUUGUCUGCAAGACAGUGAAGCUACAUUGUGAUGCAUGUAUAGGAAACAGCACAGAAGAUUGUUUUGAAGAAGCAAGUGUAGGAAAUGCGGAGGGAGCGCUCAUGAAGGUAUUACAGGCUCGGAAGAAGCACACGAGCACCGAGCUGACCAUUGAGCCAGAGGUAUCCGCAAAUAAAAAUGGCGUCGGCUUGUCAGGCUUCACGAGUGACCAGAUGGACUUCAAUGAUGAAAGCGAUGUCAUUAGUGCACUUAAUUACAUAUUGCCUUAUUUCUCAGAGGGAAAUCUAGAAGAUGUAGAAUCAACAUUAUUACCAUUCAUUAAACUGCUUUUCUCAAAUGUGCAGGAAGGAGAGAAGCCCCUAAGUCAUAUGAAAAACAAUACAAAGGCUCAGCCUCUUGAACCUGGACCCAGCAAUUCAGCUUACAAAAAUAAACUGAGGAAGCUCUAUUUCCUGGAAAAUUUCUUAGAUGCAGAAAUUCAAGAAAAAAUCGAUGAGGUUAAAAAGAAAGAAAAAACUGCCAUGCUUAUGCAGUCUGGCCUUUUAGGUCCCAAACUUAAACGCCGAAUCUUUCCCCAAAAAGUGGCAACUGCUGAAUCACAGGAAAAUAGCCUGACAGAGAGUGAGAGUGGAGACAGGGGGCUGAAGAAAGUGACGCUAUUCCUCAAAGGGCCCAAGCGCCUACGGAGAAAGCUCUUACAGGAGGCAAGAAUCAAGAGGAAACAGGGUACCUGGCCGACAGCGAAGAAAGUGGCCGAAGAAAGAACGCUUGGGAAACCAAUCCCGAGUGAAAUGACACAGUUUGACGUGGUGCAGAGGCCUCGGAAGUUUGUGGGAAGCUCCUUCCACACCGAGCCUUCCUUCACGCAGACGCACAAGGCUGCGGUCUCUUCUUUCUUCAAACAGUAUAUUGGCAUGCCUUCUACUUCUGCCACCUCAAAAUCCCUACCUGAGGUUAAAAAACAAUCAAAAGACAUGAGCGACACCAUUUUUGUUUUAGAAGAUGCAAAUGCUAGAGUUAAAAGUAUGGAAGCUGGUAAACCAAUUGUACAUUCUAGAAGAAAAUACCGCUUUCAUAAACCUCAUUCCCAUGUGGCCCACAGAACACCUGCGGCCAAACUAAGUCAAAAGUUUAGAAAAGAAACAGUGUUCCAUGGACAGAUGCCUGUAAAGCGGCCUCCAUUCUCUGCAGUAAGGAGCCUUAUAAAUUCCCCGUCACAUGGGGUUUUUCCACCUUCAGAAGAGCUGAGUCCUCAGGAGAAUCCUUUUCCAGAAUCACUUGCUCCUUCAGAAUCUGUUACAGAAAUCACUACUGUAUCCCCUCUAGGAAAUGGUAUUGAAGAAAACAGUUUUAUGGAAAACACUGCUAUACCUGAAGAAACUAUGUCUGAAAGUACAAAUGAUAAGAAUCCUUCCGCUAUAGAUUCCACUGGGACUGCGUUCUUAAUACCGACUGUUAAACAAAUCAGUGAAACUCUGUGGGAAUACCACAACACGGGCACUGACUUACCCAACAUGGAAAAAAGCUUCACUUACCCAUUGCUCGCGUCCCCGGGUGAUCAAUUUGAAAUGCAGCUAAACCAGCAGCUCCGAUCCCUCAUCCCCAACAACGACGUGAGAAGGCUCAUUUCUCACGUUAUCCGGACUUUGAAAAUGGACUGCUCUGAGACCCAUGUGCAACUGGCCUGUGCCAAGCUCAUCUCUAGAACAGGUCUCCUGAUGAAGCUUCUGAGUGAGCAGCAAGAAGUAAAAGUAUCCAAGGCAGAAUGGGAUACGGAUCAGUGGAAGAGUGAGAACUACAUCAAGGAGAGCACAGAAGCCCAGGCUGAACAGAAAGAGCAGGAGUCAAGUGAGCUCACUAAAGGAGUUCCAGGAUAUGGCUAUAACAACAAACUCAUCUUGGCAAUAUCUGUGACUGUAAUAGUGAUGAUUUUGAUUAUAAUUUUCUGUCUUAUUGAGAUUUAUUCUCAUAGAAGAGCAGCAAGGACAGAUGUAGAAUCAGGCUCAGUCCCAAGGAGGGGCUUUUUUGACUUUCUGCAUAGGAGAUGCUCAUCGCAGAGUGAAAGCCAGGAGGGCUUUUUCUGGUUAAGGUGUCCACUUUGGCUUAGGGAUAUGUACAGACCUCUCAAUGCCACACGCAAGAAAAACAUGGCCCAGAAGCUUCACGACAAGGAGUCUUCUGAUGAGGAAGAGAUUUACAAGAGGGAUGCAGGGGAGCGCAUAUCAACAGCAACACCUGUGGAUUCGGCUGCUGAAGGUGGUGAGGAAAGUGAGACCGCGCCAGAAGGGGAGGACGAAGAGUGAUCCAGCCUGCCUAAGGCCACCUGCAAACUGUACUUUCUAAUGUUGGCAUCUCGGCAUUGCUUGUAAGAUACUUAUUAUUCACACACAAAAAAUGUAUACAGUCUAUUGUCAAUUCCAGCCAGCUGGUAAGAAACUUAAAUGUUAAUAGUUAAAUAUUUAUACACGCAAAACAAGGGCCAGAGUAAAGAAAAGCAGGACUGAAGCCAGAGACUGUCAAGCUGGCCAACACCUCCACAAGCGGCAUUGUGGGCAGAGGACGCACGGGGGCUCCCCCACCUCAUUUCCCAGUCUAGUCAGUCUCCGGGAAGCUGAAAAUACAUCAUCCUGGAGAGAGGGAGCCAAUUUCUAAAUCAAAUACAGUUGUUCUGGGGCUCUCUCCCCUUGUCCAUUAAGAACCAGUCCUUUACAACAUACUUGACCUCUUGCCCUGAGGGGACCUUCCACCUGCUGCCACCUCUCAGAGGGUGGGUGGGGUUGCCAGAAAUGUUUGGAUCACUAAGCCGACCUGCACUGUUGCAUCAAGUCCUCUGUUUUCUCCCAUGCUCCCAAAUUCAUGCGUGAAUGUGUGUCCUUUACCCUUUAAAUCUGGUGGAAAAUUCAAAAAUUUUUUUUUGUUGGUUUUUUCUUUUUAAAAAUCUCAACCCUUGGAUAGCUACUAGGCCAAUUCACUGUCCCUCAGAUGGUUGGAGGGCCAGACUAUAGUUUAAAAAAAAAAAAAAACUUAACAAAUUCCUAUGCACACUGCACAUACCUUAUUUUGAAGUACAAAAACAAAACGGGGACAAAUACAAUCACACCGCUUCUUGUGGCCCGCGGGCCGCAAUUUGAGGAUGCCUGGUCUAGGGAGAUAGAGAAGUAGAACCCAUGCUUGCCAGUGAAGAGUCAACAAUGACAAUAAUACUGGGGAUGAUGGCUGCUACAGUUUAUUAGGCACCAGCUUGGGCCAGCAUAAUACGAAGCUCUUUAGUUACACUGUUAAGUCACAAGGACCAAAACGCCACAUGCCAGCUCAAACUCUGCAAGGGCGUGGAGUGUUAUGAGUGUUGGACAUAAACAGGAAGCUAACAGUAAACCAAGACUAGAGAUCUUGUACUGCUGGGCCUCCCAGACUCUGGGCCAGGAUUCCAGGCAAAUCCAGGUUCCUAUUUUGUCACAAUUACAUUAUUUCCAAUUGGGUACACAAAGUGAGACUUACGUAAAACACUAUCUCAACUUUGUACAAUACUUGUUAACCUCAAAUGCUACCGUACUGUACUUCUAUUUUUUGUUUUAGAGAUAGAGUCUCACUUUGUCACCCUUGGUAGAGUACCAUGGCAUCACAGCUCACAGCAACCUCCAGGUCUUGGGCUUAGGCGAUUCUCUGGCCUCAGCCUGCCGAGUAGCUGGGACUAUAGGCACCCGCCACAAUGCCCGGCUGUUUUUUGCAGUUUGGCUGGGGCCGGGUUCAAACCCUCCACCCUCGGUAUAUGGGGCUGGCGCACCCCCUACUGUACUUCUAAAUUAAAACUCCCCAAAGUGAGAUUCUACUUUGCCCAGCUCUUCAGUGAGACCUGAGAGGUAGAGAGAGGGGGACACAAGGCCAACAGCUACUAAAUGAAUGAAAAUCCUCACUGAUUCCUAUGAAAACUGUCAGAGAAAUGAGAAAUUUUAUAACAGAUGAAGAAAUGAGGCAAUAUAUGAUUAGAGCAAAAAUAAUACGGAAAAGAAAUGUAGCGGUUCGGAAGAAAGAAGGUUACAUGGCCUAGGGAAAAUCCUUGAAGAAAAUGGAAUUUUGCUGGAGGAUCCGUCUUUAGGUAGUUCACUCACUCACACACUGUAGGUAGUUCACUCACUCACACACUGGUGAGUUCUCGGAGGCUUCAGUUCCUCCAACGGGCCUGUGCACACGCUAUUUGAUUGAAGGUUCUCAUGACUUGAUGGUGGGCCUCCUCCAGAGUGAGUGGUCUAAGAGACAGAGACAGAGCCAGGCAGAAGUUAACCUUUUCAUGACCUAGCCUCAGAAGACCUCUGCCACAUAACAUGAAUAGAGGUCAGUCCCUAAAUGCGGCCCACAUUCAAGGGGAGGGAAUUUAGACUUCACCUUUCGGAGAAAGAAGAAUCAAAGAGCUUGUGGACUAUAUUAAAACUACUUGCAUAUACAAAAAAGCAAAAAAAAAAAAAAAGAAUGGAAGAGAAAGUAUCCAAUGUACUCAGCCCUACUAUGAAACUAAUUUAUGGCUUUCACAUGAAAGCUAUAACCCAGUUAUAACCUAAGAAUGGGGGAAAGGGAGGGGAGGGAGGGGGAGGUGGGUGGAGGGAGGAUGACUGGUGGGAUUACACCUGCGGUGCAUCUUAUAAGGGUAUAUGUGAAAUUUAGUAAAUGUAGAAUGAAAUUGUCUUAACACAAUAACUAAGAAAAUGCCAGGAAGGCUAUGUUAAUCAGUGUGAUGAAAAUGUGUCAAAUGGUGUAUAAAACCAGUGUAUGGUGCCCCAUGAUCGCAAUAAUGUACACAACUAUGAUUUAAUAAAAAAAAAAAAAAAUAGAGUAGAUGGAUGUGGCUGUUUGACAAGCAUGGAGGCAGCUUCUUCUGCCCCACCCUCCUUCAUGGACCAAGGAAGGAAGAGAAGAGCAGCGAGAACAAGUCUUUGGCUCUCCAGGUAAAGGUAUAUGAAAGCAAUAAGAAAUAAUCAAUCUCCAAAGAUGAAAUAGUAAAAUACAUGCUACAUAGGAUUAAAGAAUGGAGUCCAUCUGUCACUGGGCUUUAGCCCAUUUUGCAGCUUACCAAGUCCCACCACCCUCCUGACACCCGCCCAGCCUCUGUCACCCUCCACACACCCACAUGUGCUACUGCUGCAUUUAUCACGAUGGAAGUAGGAGUCAUGAGUGUUCUUGAGUUAGGAUCAGGGUUGAUAGUGUAAAUGUUCCACUUAUUAGGAGGAUGGAUAGUAGGAUGACGGCCAGGGUUACUUCAUAUGAGAUAGUUUGUGCUACUGCUCGUUGUGCUCCAAUUAGUGCGUAUUUUAAGUUUGAUGCUCAUCCCGAUCACAGGAUUGAGUAUACAGCUAGGCUGGAUGUGGCUAGGAUAAAUAGUACGCCCAGGUUGAUGUUGAUCAGGGGGUAUGGGAUUGGUAGUGGGGUUCAUAUGAUAAGGGCAAUGGAUAAAGCUAGGGUUGGGGCAAUUACAUAUAGUAGGGAUGAGGAUGUUAGGGGUUGUAGGGGUUCUUUGAUAAAUAGUUUUAUUGCGUCGGCAGAUGGUUGGAGGAGGCUGUUUGGGGCAACAACGUUGGGUCCUUUACGAAGUUGUAUGUAGCCCAAGAUAUUUCAUGCAGGGUGUUGUCUUUUCUUUUUCUUUUUUUUUUUUUUUUUUUUUUUUUGUAGAGACAAAGUCUCACUUUAUGGCCCUUGGUAGAGUGCCGUGGCUUCACACAGCUCACAGCAACCUCCAACUCCUGGGCUUAAGGGAUUCUCUUGCCUCAACCUAACAAGUAGCUGGGACUACAGGCGCCGCCACAACGCCCGGCUAUGGGUGUUGUCUUUUCAAUUGUGGAUAUUAUACUGGGAUUGAUCCAUGUCUGUACUGUUUAUGCAUUCAUACCUUCUUGCUAUAAAUAAAAGUUACUGUUUCCCUGUAACUUAGAAAAUUACAUAAUCUGAUAUCCUAAUGUUAGUUUAAUUCAUAACUUCCCAAACAAACUAAGUUUAUCUUACAGAAGUAGAAAACUAUUUAAAAAUUGAUCUGGGGUCAGGCACGCUGGCUCACACCUAUAAUCCUAGCACUUUGGGAGGCUGAGGUGGGUGGACUGUUUGAGCUUGUGAGUUUGAGAACUGACUGAGCAAGAGCAAGAACCCUCUCUACUAAAAAUAGAAAAACUAACUAGCUAGCCAUGGUGGUAGAAGCCUAUAGUCCAAGCUACUCUGGAAGCUGAGGCAAGAGGAUCAUUUGAGCCCGAGAGUUGAAGUUGCUAUAAGCUAUGACACCACAGCACUCUACCCAAGGUGAAUACAAUGAGACUCUGUCUCCAAAAAAUUAUUGUUAUUAUUAUUAUAAAAUAAAAAUUAAUCUGGGAGCUUAAACAUA